GGCUGCAUCGGCACCGCGGUAGCAGACGGCGCGCGGCUCGGUCGGUCCCUUCAUUAGCGGGCGCGAGGGGGAAAAGAAAGCAAAAGGCCGCAGAAGCAGCAGCGAGCGGAUCGUGUGUGGCUGCGCGCCGCUGUUUGGGGGCGAAAGUGCGUGUCCUCCGAGCGCGACCUCUUCCCGUCCUCUGCUUGUUUGUGGUGGUGGUGGUGCCCCGCGUGCAGUGGUGCCCCGGUGCGGAUGUACUGCUAAGAAAGCCGGCGGCAGCAUGAACCGUCCGCGGUACGACGUCCCGCCGGAGCUGACGAACCUGCUGCUCGAGUUCACGGUGAACGUGAUGAUCGAGCGGCCCAGCGACCUGGUGGAGUACGCGGCGCGCUACUUCUCCGGGCUGCGCGACGAGCGCCAGCGCAGCGCGUCAUCGGGCCGCCCGCCGGCGAUCGCCGAGAACGACGAGGCCAUCUACAGCGACGACGAGGAGCCCAUGCCCAAGCCACCCAGCCGGUUUUCAAGGCGCAAGUCUGUGUUUGCUGAGCACUAUGAUCCGGCCGAGGAUGACGACGAUGAGGGUGCCAAGGUGGUGCAUCCAAAAUCUGACGUGCAGCGCGAGAAGCUCGGCGAGGCAGUCAAGAACAUCCUGCUGUUCAAGUCCUUGGACGUGGCUCAGAUGCAGGAGGUCAUAGAUGCCAUGUUUGAGCGGAAGGUCAAGCCGGGAGAGGUGGUGAUCAAGCAGGGUGACGACGGUGACAACUUCUACGUGAUCCAGACCGGCACGUACAACAUUUUUGUGAACACAGACAGGGAGCAGGACAAGCUGGUUGGCAAGUACGAGGGAUCGGGCAGCUUUGGCGAGCUGGCUCUCAUGUACAACAUGCCACGAGCGGCCACCAUCACAGCUGUGACAGAGGGCUCCCUGUGGGCCAUGAACCGACAGACCUUCCGGCGCAUUGUGCUCAAGAGCGCCUUCAAGAAGCGCAAAGAGUACGAGAACCUGCUUGAGAAGGUGCCCAUGCUCAAGUCCCUGAAUCACUACGAACGCAUGAACCUGUGUGACGCCCUGAUGCCGCGGUCGUUCAAGGAUGGGGACCUCAUUAUCAUGCAGGGAGACGCUGCAGAUGGUAUGUACUUCAUUGAAGAUGGAACGGUCCGCAUCUGCGUCAAGAAAGACGGCGGAAGCGAGACAGAGGUAUCGAGGAUCGGCAAGGGUGGCUACUUUGGAGAGCUGGCACUGCUUACCAAGAAACCCCGUGCCGCCUCGGUGUACUCGGUGGGGCCCGUCAAGCUCGCCUUUCUCGACGUCUCGGCUUUUGAGCGGCUCCUGGGGCCCUGCAAGGAGAUCAUGAUGCGCAACAUCGACCAGUACGAGGAGCAGAUGGUCCAGGCCUUCGGUGCCAAGGUCAAUGUGGCCGACCUCCGAUGAUGACCCUGAACACGGCCCUAAAAUUUACCACCACCACCACCACUCCUCCCUUUAUCCCUCGUCACCCCCUCUCCCUUACAUCUCCCUCUCCCCAUCCCCCCUUUACUCCCGUUAACUAGUCGGUCGCGGCUUGCGCAGCCCUGCUCCCUGCAGCGGCCACUGCUGUCGCCGCAAUAAAAGAGGGGCGCACCGAGUGUCGCCAGAGCGCCGAGAGCUGUGUGGAGCUCACGACGUGUGGCGUCUACACUGUGUCGCUCUUUCUCAUGGGUCAACAACAACAGCAGCAGCAACACGAGAGCUGUCGUGGCGGCCACUGGCGUGCGAGACAGAGCAGAGAGAGAAGGCGCCGGGGCAGCUGGUGACCGCCUCGUCGCUGUUAUCAUUAUUGUUACUCUUACUCUGUGGAUUUUGAGUGAGGCGGGCGAGCGCGCUACCGAAGCUCAGUAUGACAAGUGCUUCCACGUUGGGGGCAAGUCGCACUCUGUCCUGGUGGAAACUUGCGGGAACCGACAGCAAUGGUGUCCCCUCCCCUCUUCCGGCCUCGCGAAGAAAGAGGGACACGGUGCAGCCUUUGCUGUCGGGCUCCCCUUUUGGUUGCUUUUGUUUGCCUUUCUUUUAAGUCAGUCGCGGCGGUGAACUGCCCGUUUGUACGUCGCCCGCAAGACCAUGGUGUUGAGUGGGUGCCUUAGCCAGACUGGCACUGACUGAAGUGUGUCAGAAUGGCAAGCAUCCUUUCUGUUAAACGCAUGAGUUGCAAUAUUGCCGCCCCUUGUCACCGGAUGGCUUCUCUGAGACAGCCUAAUAAGCCCUUGGCCAUGGUCCUUGGGUGCUAGAGUGCUUGCCUCACUUAGGCAUUUAUAGCUCACUCAGCGGCGCCCUCUUGUCACAGCCAUGCUUCCUCAUAGGGUUGAUUGGUGUCUGUACACCUCAUUAAUAUAGUUUGUGGAACGAACUGUGCAUAAUGCAUAGGUCAUUGUGUUUGGUGACACCACCAGUAUUCUUUGCACAGACUAAGGCUGGUGCAGUCAAGUGUGCAUGCCAGAGUCCUUUGAAGGCAUGCUGUUCCGCUGGUGUUUCAUGCAGCGUCGGAAUGGUAGCGAUGACUGCACUGCAUGUUUGAUGCCUCCUUUGCCUUUGUUCAUUUAUUGGGGGAAAAUGCCGGGACUUUGUAUUUAGUUCCCUCCUCAUUUGGAGGCACCAAUGUUGUAGGGCUGUGUUAGACUAAGCAAAGCUUUGGGGUCGUGCUAUCAAGCUUUUAGUCGCAAUUAAGAGUAUGAACUGCACCUCUUCUCGUGCUGCCAGGGAUGUAAGAACUCAUCUAAGCAAGGUUUAGAAUGAUGCAUGCCCUCAUAAAAGUUGCAAUGGUGUCGCAGCGUUCAAUAGAUGAUUGCAUCUCUAAAGAUAGACCGUCUGCAAGUUCUGAACUGGCACACUACUCAGCAGUCCUAAUGGGCAUGCUGUGGUUUUUUCAGUGAAGUCAUCAUUUUGGUUUUGCGUUUUACUAGUUUAAGUUGUGAAGAAGAUGAGGGUGGUUGUGCUCAUUAUGCUCUCUGUGCAGUCUACAGAACUGGCUGCGGGAUAAUGUCGCAGGAAAACUAAAGGAUGCCAGAGUUGGUUUCGAUUCGCGGCCAGUGACCACAGCACCCCUUCAUGUCGUGUACAAAUGGAUAUUGUCGCGUUUCGAUGGUGUGCGAGCGCCAGAUGUUGUGAAUAGUUGCCGCGGGAGAGACAAAUUGUUGUUACCUUUGCUGGUUGCUUCACCCGUUUCUGUGCGGCGUGUUACUGGAAAAGAAGCACAGUUGAUAAGAGCAGCGUUUCCCGUAGUUGUCGGAAGCGCGACCAGUGGCGUGCUCUCAGGUUUACCUAGCUGCAUAGCAACAUAUACUGCCUUUAGGGGUUAGAGUGGAAGCCAAGUACGGUCGUAAGAUAAGUGUAUCCUGUUGGGGGUGUGGGCGUUGCACCUUUGCUUUACUGUUGCACGAAAUUUGCAUCUGGAGGAGAGGCAGUCGACACAGUCGAAUGCUGGAAGCAUCUCGAAGCGCACCCUACUGGCAGGUUGCAAGAAUGAUGUUUGAUUGCUAGAAUGUCGCUGAUCUCACAUUGAUUUGUUGCCGGCUCGCUCACGAAACCUUAUGUCAGCAUGUAAUGGACCGUCCGCUAAAGAUUGUAGGUGGUCCAGAGAAAGCCAUCAGAAAAGCUGACAUUUUUUCUAUGCGUGAAGAAGGCUACGUACGUAUCCUGGCUGGGUAUGUAUCAUGUUCCCAUAGAACUAAAAACCAAACUUGGGGAUACCAUCAGUGAAAAGGAUGCGUCUCUGCCUGAUAAUAGGUUAUUUUAUUGGUAGCUGAAGUCUACUCUGUAACAAGCCCAACAAUGUUGGACUUGCACAAUUGUUUGAUAAUAGCAUUAAUAAGAAACCUUAUGCUGACGAAUCAGUUUGUUGGAUGCCGUAAGGUAACAGUGCAUUUCUUAAUUUCAAUUUGGCGUUUCCAAGUUGAAAGGACAGAGCAGCUUGCGGUUGUUUUGUGACUCUGGUUGUCUAGUUUAAGCAAGAACCCCUAGUCAGUUAAAAAUUUUGCUGCUGGUUUGAAUACCGGUCCAGAGCUGUAGCAGAGCUCGCAGUUGGCCUAGAGUUGCUCCAUUUGGAUUUCUACUGAUCUGCACACUGGUUUCGGAUUGUAAGUAAUACUGUUUGGCAGAGAGAUGUUAUUUUGCUAGGACUUGAAACAAUCCUAGGUUGAAAAACAAAAAAAACACAGACAAAUCGGCAUUUAGAGGCUGGACCAGGGAAUGCCCAUAAAAUAAUGACUGUCGAAAAUGGCAUGCACUUGGCAUACAUUAGCACUUGCUUCGGUCAGUACGAAUGGUGUGUUAUAAGUAUGUUGGCUCAUCCGGCGCACAUUAGAGAGCUUCAGCCUGUGUGGGAUGUAAUGCAGUUUACAGAAUACUGCAACACUGGAUACACAAAGCUAUGCGACAACACUAGUGGUGCAGUGGGAUUGCUGAAUUCAAUGAAAGCACACACCACUAUAAUUGCACCAACCAUGUUUUAGCUGUUACAUUUUACCUUAAUUGGUGCCUGUCUAGAUGGUAGCUCAGAGCCACAGAAUGCAUGCUUCGAAGCUGAAAAAUUCGUCUUGGUCUGAGACUUAAACUCUGGACUAACGCCUUAAGUCUCUCUACCAUCUAUGCUAACCCUGUGGCUAGCAGAUUGCAGGGCGAGGCCGAAUUGAUCAAUAUAUGUGUAGGGACACUAAUACUUUACCUUUCGGGCUGCUGCAGAACCGUUUUGCCAUAUUUACCUAUUACAAGGCAUUGGUACUGACAACUAUUGACACAUAGUGAUUUGUUUUCUCCAUCUGCGAGUGCAAUAAGUACAAAAUUGUCUGCGAGGCGCUGUGGUUAAACAAAGUUGAACAUGAUGGUGCAACCGAACCUGCUGCAGCUGCUGUCAGUGUCUGGUGUUUGCAGUGUUCUGCUAACUGCAUUACGGAUGGGCCAAGACUAUUUUGUAAUACCAACAGGUAAACUAGUUAAAGUGGAACUCGAAAUUGUAGCAAAAUGGAUGAUUAAGUGAGUUAAUGUUUCUUUUUAAUAUGCUCAAAGGGAACCAAAGGCACGGGAAGAACCACACAGUACGGACGCUGGAAGCACAGUUGCCAAAUGUUCAUCGGUUUAUUGCGCUGGCGGUUGUGUACGUCGGGAUGCUUCCCGAAAGAUGCAAGUGGCUGGCAGCAGUUGAGGUUGCGCACCAGCCUUUUUGGGCGUUCACUUUUGUUAAGGCUUAGCUUCAUCAGAGCACAGAGCGAUCACUGGCGACCUCCACAGUAGCGCUUUUUUUUUUAAGAAAUAAUUUAUUUGAGCUAGCAUCAGCAGUAGCAGUUCACGCAAGCAAAAAGCUCUGCUCGGCGCCUAUGUGCGUCGCUGUAGGGCUGCAUUUUGUCUCUCUAUACGGUACAGUUGAAUUGUUGCGUUGUCGUUAUCUGAUUAUCUUUUGUUGACAUGUUUAUCAUAUUUUUGUUUAGUAUGUGUUUUUUUUUUCUCGGGCAUUCAUUUUCCCGGUGUGUAUUCUUGCCAACACAAGCUGGUGGGGGGCUCAAGCCCUCUGUCCUCAGCACUUGACGCGUGUCCGACAACCACCUCCCACCUCCAUGCCCUUCCACUUUUCUCACUCCCCCUUGUCACCUCCUCUGCAAGUUCCGGGGCACACGCACCCCCGCCUUUGGUGGGGAUUGCAUUUUUUUGCUGUUUUUGGAUGUAGAGUUGCCCAUGCGUAGCUAGUUCAACGAUGAAUCGGGCAGUGUUGGAAUUUUUCGUGGGGGAGUGUUAUGACGAACACCGUUGCCUGUCUCUCCCGCUAUGGGUGUGUAAUGUUGCCGGUGUGUGUGUGUGUGUGAAGAACUGUGUUCUAUCAUAUUAUUUUUGUUUGUUCUUCUCUUGUGUACUGCGCAACGUGCACUGCUUUCUUCAUCCUGCUGUCAUGGAUGUAUGCAUUGUUUGUCGUCAUGCCUUUUUCGACCGCUUUGACGCGGGAGACCACCACACCGGACUGUUGUCAUGCCCGCCUAUACUGUUCAAUCUCUAUCUCUUCGUCUUAGUUGUCUGUCCGCAACGGGCUGGGCCCUCUUUGCCAGCGGCCAUGCAUGCACACAAAAGCGGGAUCGCUUACCUGCCACCUUUGCCUCGAAACGCUGAUCUGGACACUUGUCAAAUAUCGCCACAUUGUUAGCUAUGAUUGGCUCGGGGGCUAAGCACCCUCUGAUUGGCUCGAAACUCUAACGUGGUGAAAUUUGAGUGUCCAGGUUGAGCAUCUUCGCUGUUCUGGCCAUGUCGAAUUGGCGAUUGCCUCAAGGAUCCGAUGGCACUGCGGGUGAAAUAGUUAAAAAUGAAAAGGAUAGAUACAACAUCUGCUCUUAACUGCCUCACUGAUUUUGACAAGUUUCUUUUAUCCCUCAAUCUAGGCAGCAUUUUUGUAUUUGAAAAAGUGCAUGCAGAAAGCGCACAAUGAAGCACCUUUUACCGCACAAGUAUGUAACCUGUACGGGAUAGGACACUGCACGUGUGGAUUAUGUUAAUUUGCUUAUGUACAAGACUGCAGCUUUUAGUUGCAUCAGCGAAAUAGAAAUCCUGUCGUUAUCUAUGACCCGCCACGUGGCUAGAUGGUCAACGCACAUGCGCAGUUGGUGUCUCUUGAAGGGGUGCAGAGAAAUGUGGGAAACUAACGCAUGUCCUCCGAGAUCGGACAGCGUGCGGGUGAUAACGGCAUGCAUAAACUCAAGGGGCGAUGGCUAGCACUCGUGUGCAGUUUGUCAGUGAGUAUUAGUAUUUUGACCCGAAUAGCGAAGCUUAACUUUUGAAUGGAAGUUCUGUUGUUUUCGAGUGAAGCUGAGCUUGGCCGUGGGGCGAUUCCGCAAUGAACUUUCCAGUCGUGCUUGUGCGCAUGCGCGGUCGCUCGACCCUUGGGUGCCCGUUCGACCACCGAGCUCAUUCCAAGUGUUCUUUCUCCUGUGUUCCUCACGUGUACGCGUCUGUCUUGCGCACGCUGGAAAUAAAAAAGAAUGAAAAAAAAAUGGCUGCCGCUUCUCCGGCAGCGGGACCGAGAACCCCUGGUGUGUUCAUUUGGCGCUCAACGAGCAUGUGGCGUCGAAGCACGCUCUGCUCAAGUAGUCAAAAUGAAAUAAAGAAUAAUGAAAACCGAAA